UGCCGUAAAAAGUUGGGUGUUAAUUAUGGGCAAAGCCUGGAAAUGGGACCUUGAUCAAUUACAGGUAUAAUGGGCCACUGUACGACCAUUUUUGCACCAAAACUGAUAACGUUGUUUUUCAAUUUGCUACGUCAGAAUGCCGUCGAUAUCCAAAACAACCUGUGUGUGGAUAGAUCUAUUUUAGCUCUACUGUCUGCUUAUCAAGAAUAUCUUCUUACAUUUAAAUUGAUGACGUCACAAGCGGUACAAAGAGCACGACCACUCAGGACGUAUAUAUGCGCCGUUGGCAGUCACAAGGUUAAAAUACUUGGCAUGGUUCUACAUACUUUGGCAGGAGUCUAUUACUUUAUAAAAACUGUGGAUUUUAAUAAAGAUUGCUUUUGCAGUUUUAUUUUGAAUUAGAUAUUGCCAGGGAAUCCACAUAAACAUUUUUUUAAAAGAACGUACGCGAUUAGUGACUUUGAAACGCCAUUGCCGGUUUUCAUCUCACGUUGUCAUAUUUAAAAUUAAUAAAAAAAAAAUAUUGCUUACACUUCUGAGGUUUUGCUCCAUUAGAUAUGACUUGAGUUUUACAAAGUUUUUUCUUGAGGGCUCCUCAUUUUGUUUUUGGACCUCAAAAGACAGUCGCUUAGGUUAUUUCUUAAGUUUUUAAUUACUGAACAGUACUUGCAUUAGAUGAAAUAUGAAUUUCAUUGGGUUGAAACCCCGGAGUAAUAACGAUUCGUUUCAGUAGCAAAUCCGAUAACAGAUUUUUCUUUCAUUUGUACGGAAGAUAAAGGAUGAUAUCGAUAAAGAGGAUGUUGGAAAAAAAUAGAAAAUAUUGAUGGCUUGCCACCAAUCCCGAGAGAUUCAAAGAGAAGAGAUACAAAGGUCUGGCGGUGAUAUUAGAUGACAAACAAAAGGAGCUACAAUUGUAGUUAGAAAUCUUUUGUAAAUGUCAUCCAAUAUUGCGGCGAUGACGUCACGCGAGUCUAGAGCAACUUACAUCCUUCUUCGACUUGGCAAAGAUUCAUGAUAAUGCCACUGAGGGGCCAGCCAUUAAGUGCUUAUUGAUUCGCACUUACGUAUGUUGUAUUGAGUUUAAAAGCGUGAUUCCAUCAACUAUUUAUAGGAAUAUAUUAUUUAAUUGGCCAGCAUGCUGUGUUAUAUUAUUUUUGUAUCACGCUAAGAUGUAAACGAUAACUUCUACUAGGCAAUUGUCUCCCGCUAAUAGGUUACUGUAGGGAAAAGCAAUUCCCGGGGGUUUCAGAAAACAGAGCAGUUUGGUCAGGAGUUUGGUAACAAGGACGCUUUCGAGCGUGAUGCGACUAAAAUUUAGCAAAUAAUAUGGACAUUGUGUUUUCUAAGUUUUUUUUGUAAUCCGAUCUGUUUUUAUGUUUGUUUGUUAUUUUUUUAAUAUUCGGAAGCUUCUGUUUACCCUGAGGCCAAUCAGAGCCCGCGAACGCCACUGAAAACGUUGUGGUAUACAUAUGUUUCCGGUCGGUAUUUUAAUGUUAUAUCUGCUAUUUGUGCACAACUUAAUCUUGCAACCAUCAUUUUUGAGAUGACAAUUCACCGCAGUAGCUUCAACGUGCCGUAAACGUCAUUAUUCCAUUGUGUGCCGACUUUUCGAGCAACUUAUUUAAGCUGAUAUUAUAUAUAUUUUUUUUUAACGACGUAUUUAAAUAAAACAUGAUAACGUGAAUACCAGUGCGUCGUGCAGUGAAUUAAUUUUGUGAUAACAAAGCUUUCUUGGUGGUAACACUAGAGUCCUGCAGAGCUGACCCAAGCACCUGGGGAAAAGAAAUGUUACAAAGGGGAGGCAACACACUCAUGGAAAAAAUUCGGAAUAAAAGGAAAACAGGAAAAAAAAAAUAAUAAUAAUAACGCAUACCUGUUUGUCAUGUUUGCAUCAUUUGACCCCAGGCUGUUGUUCAAGCAAGAAGAUGAUGAAGCGAUAUACAUAUUAAUCUAGCUAGAAAAAAGAGUCUGUCACAUCAAUUAUACUCAUUUCUGAAGAAACAAGCGACAAUUCAUUUAAACCCAUGAUCCGUGCACUUCUUCAGUUCCAGGGAGCUGGAUCGCAAUUAUUUCAUGAUUAACCUCCUCCGUCAGCUGGAAAAAUAAGGUAAUCGGAAGUCCGCGGCAGGGAAUUGUAAACAGACUAGUUGUUAUGAAAAUUUGCAAUUUGUGAUAAUGCAUGAAUAAAUUUAAAGCUGAGAAGUGAUUUCACGAGGAGACACGUAGAAAAGCACUUAUUAAAAGUUGUUUCAUCCAGAAUUUGGCCACCCCAGAUACCGGUUCCAUAUUUUUCGUCGAGUUUCAAAAUAUACUCGUCCAUACUAAGGCCAAAGGAAAUCAGAUGAGAGUAGGUGGCACUGUGUAAACUUAGGAUGUUGCUUUUAAAUAUUUAAGACACGAUAGCUAUCAUUUGAAAGCUACGGUAAGCUGUAUUUCCAGUUCGCAGAAGACAAGAUAAACAGUCACCCAGUUUGUUACUUAAUUCAAAGGCUAAUGGAUAUCACUACAAAGUCAUCAACGACUCAAUCGUUUUGGACUAUGGGUAGUACAAAUGUUACUCGGGGACUCAGGGAAUACAGGUGUAAACCAUACCAAAGCGAUACAGACACAACUAAAGGAGUGAAAAUAUUCUGCUACUGCAUGGUACUACUGUUUUCCAUCUUUGGAAACUCUUUACUCAUUGCUGUUAUUAGGAGAAACAAGCGAAUGCAAACCAUUACCAAUUAUCUCAUAGCUAACAUGGCGGUUUCAGAUAUACUAAUAACAGUGCUGGCCGUGCCGCGGCAGAUCACAGAGAUAUUGCUUGGACCUCGGAGAUGGUUAAUUGCUGGGCUGUUGGGUUCAGUUCUCUGCAAAAGCUUGUCCUUCUUUCAAGACAUCUCAACUGGAGUAUCUAUUCUUAGCCUGGUGGUCAUGGCCAUCGAUAGAUACAGAGGAAUUGUGUUCCCUUUGCGUAGAGAACUCAUGAUGCAGCCGGCUAAACUGUGUAAAAUUAUCAUAUCGCUAAUAUGGAUAAUUUCGAUGGGUCUCCACCUGGUGUACUUUUAUAUUUUUCGUUUAGAAAUUAACGAUUCAGAAACGUACUGCGCGCUAAGCUGGGCGCCCAAAUUCGACAACACAAAGUCACAAGAAAUUUACUUUCUAAUACUAUUGGUUUGCUUGAUCGCUAUUCCGACAUGUGUAGUUAUAAUAUUGUAUUCUGCCAUUAUCCUAAAUCUCAAGAGGAGCAGAAUUGCAAGCAAGGGUCCUUCGAGUCGUCUCACAUCACGAAGGUUAAGAGAAGACACCAAAGUUGUCAGAAUCAUUAUGGCAAUACUUAUUGCUCUCGUUGUGUGUGUAAUCCCUGUCAAUGUUUGCGGUAUUUUGUUUUACUACGUUUGGGAUUGGAAAAUGCCUUGCGGCAUCGAAAACGUUGUUUUCGCGGCCCACUUUAUUCUGUAUUCAAACGCGUCAGUGAACCCAUGCAUCUAUUUCAUUCUACAUGACAGAUAUCGUCGAAGUCUAAUGGAUAUUUUGAGGGUCUUGCAUGUCGGCAAAAUCAGGGCGAUAAUGGAGGAAAACAGGACCAAACGUGAAACAAUGAAGCUAAAAGAUUCUCAAGUCUGAAACAAUUAGUCUUUCUAUCUAGUUAUGACUUGGCGGUAUCCCAGAGUUAUCAAAAAGACAGAAAGAAAAGAACAAAACAAAAGGAAAAAACUUCGGCUUUAAUGAAUUGGGGAUCGUAGAUCAUUAUACUUCACAAUUCAUAAGCAUUGUAGACUCUCUAAUGUUUGUAUUUCAGUUUUCAAUGACAAGCUCUUCACCGGUGUGAUUGUUAUUAUAAUCAUUUUUUUUCAGUAUUGACCGGAAAAGAUUGUUAGUAUCAGUUACAAAAUCGAACGGACGUGCAACAUCAGUGACCUCAGUUACAAAAUAAACAAUAUCAAACAAUUUGUGUUGCUGGUUGACUCAAGGAGAGUUUCGGAUGCUCAAACGGAUGUAUUUCAUAAGUAAGAGUUUACAACCGCCCGGAGGUCGUGAUUGAAUCAAGACCUCAGGCGAUUUUAAAGCCCAUGAUUAACAUUUGUUUUCGUCUUUCCGCGCAGACUCAAAGUUCUUUCUACAAAAACUGAUUAGCCCAACCAAAAAAUGAGCACUCUGCGCAUGCUCAAAAUUUGGAUCCGACCUAAGACGCCUUUUUUCUGCGCUAAAUAACAGGACGGCGGCCUCUGAGGUCGAUUGGCUAACUUGCCUCUCAUUCUAUAUUAUCUCCGUUUCUCGGGACAGAUAAAUGUACGAAGAUCUAAUCAGCACUGACACUUUUUGUACAGCAUGGAACUUCCAAUAAUAUCCGAAAAAUAAAGUAAAAUAACAAUAAACCCAUCGCGCGACGAAAAAACUACAAAGACUUUAUUGAACAUUCAAAACACAGCUGAUACAGAGAGCACAUCUGUGUUAAUAACAUGUUUGCAAAGACUUCUCUAUCUAAAACGCCAUAAAACUACCCGAAUUACAAAGUUUGUUGUCCGAUAAUGUUUACGUGAGUGCGACAUUGCCUUUUCCACUAAAAAAGUCGUAACUGAAUGAAACUAUUAUCAGAUUGUUUUUUCGAGGAACAGAGAGGACAAGCUUUUAUUUCUAAUAAUAGGCAGUAAAGAGUCUUCGGAUCACGAGUAACGCAAAGCACAACGAAUAAAACUAAUUAACUCGCAUGCGGGCCACAAACAAAAAAUCCUUUUACUACACAUGACGACCCUACGUUAUCUACGUUCUACCAUCCUUUUACGCAUUUUUUUUCCUUUUCACGGUACUUUUUCGAUAUUAACAUAAUUGAUAUGUCGUUUCAAUUGUUUGUACGUGUCAGUGACCAACACGAAAGCCUUUGCUACUUUGGUCACUGAGCACAUUUCAUUUUGGCUAUUCACUGUUAUAUUUCUUUUCUCUUUUUAAUUAAUGUAAU